CGUAGACGGCGUUGUCGUCACUUUGGCGCUUCCUGAGGCCCCGCCCACAGGCGCCUCCAAGUUCCGGCACCUCAAAACACGAGAAAGUGCACGUGCGCGAAACAGCCCGAGCUGCUUCGAAACUCCUCCGCCCGACGCGAUGUUAAAGGAGCUUUCGACCGCUGAGCCACCGCAGGCGUUCACAGACAGCGACUCUGGUGACAGCUUAUUUUUGACACAGUCUGUAGCUCCAGCACACAGGACUGUUAAAAGUUGCCACUCUUCUGAAAGACCAGACACAGUUCCCAGAGGAGAGCCUUUACCAGAAAAGAGGGCUGGGGGGGGUUGCAGACAGCCACGUGAACGGCGACCAGCACCUCGUCUUAAGAGGAGAGGGUUUCCUUUACUGCAGGAGGGUUCAAAAAAACUGUCUGUCCACAAGAGCCAUACUCUGAUGAACUCGGAGAUCGGAGGGUUCUUUAAAUACUUACACAACGUGGACAGAAGACGUGGACUGAAAAGAUCAGUUAGUUUGGUUUCUGAUUCGGAAGAAGGCAGCAUGGAGCAGGACCAUGAAAAUGACCAUGACGACAUCAAAAUAGUGGAUUUGGAUUGUUUUAUAUCAAACUUGUGUAAGAGAAAUCAACAAAAAUGGAUUCCACCAUCAAGACUGAAAAGGAACCGGUGCUCUAGAAUGAUUUAUAGUAAAAGCAACACAGCUCCUAAGAAGAAUAAUGGGAGGAAGAAAGAAAAAAUACAGGAUAAAAAGAAACUACAUGUAAAGAAGAACAGUUCAAUCUCUAAAGGUGCUAAAGGCAAAAGAAAGACUCAAGAGAACACGGAGACUCUAGAGAUCAGCUCACUCAAUGUCAGAACAUUACGGUCACACACCAGGAAGCUGGAGAAUGGAAGCAGGACUUUCUCUUCUCCUGGAUGUUCCAGUGUUAGAUCUCUCCUCAUAGAGCAUUAGCAGCACAGCGAGAAACAGUUGAGUGUUUUAGUUGCAUGUACACAGGCAGAAUCUUUGGACUUGCAUUGCAGCAACACUCAAAGUUACCAGUGAACCUAGAUGUGUCUGAGUUUUAUAUGUAAAUGUUGUUGAUGGUAAAAUAAUCAUAAAUCUGAAGAAAAAAAAUUGUUUGGGGACUAUUUUGCCUUCCAAUGCACUUCAUGUAUCCAUCCAGUAUAAAUGGAUGGACUUCAGUUGAUUAAAAUACAUGUUGAGAUAGCACUUUACCACGACACGAUGUGUCAGACAUCUGAAAGUGUACAUCUAACCCUUUCAUGCAAUAUCUCUCUGUGUGGGACUUCUCAGAGGCUUUAAACUCUUCGGAUGUCCGGUUGUUGUCCCCACCACUGUGAACAACGCUGACUCUGCAAGUUUCUCUAGAACAGAGCAUUUCACACCAAACCACUCUGAAAGACUUUGUUUACAGUUCAACCACUUGAUUAUUUUGAAAAAUCGGUGGAGUUGCCCUUUAACACUGUAAAAAGUACAAAUAUACUGACAUUAAAUAACAGCUGAUAAGUGGAGGUCAGACAGGGUCCAAGCCCACAGUACAGUUUAACCGAAGACCUCAGUGUGGGAUGUUGAACUUCGGUCCGAGGACACAUUAAGCUCAAUACCCUGAUUUGCGGCGACUUCCUCCUUUCUGCAUUGGUAAACAUGCACACGAGCCCUUACCCUGACAUAACUCCUCCAGAGUGGGAACAUGUAACUGGAACUUCUCGGUCUUGCUCCCGUCCGCCAUCCUUCAGUCAGCACCGCUAACGCUGCUCUAUAGACUGAUCACGUGCCCCGGGGCUUGACAAGGACCGACACGGGCCGCGUUCACUGAGUCUGAGAUUCAUGAGUAGGAAACGUUUUCAACUGGACUGGACGUGGCUUGAGACUUUAUACAAAGUUUUUGCAUAUUUCUGCUCACUGCUACGCAGCUGGAGUUUCAGAUGGGGCUGAAAACAAGAUAAAAACUCAAAGCAUUAGCACGCCAUCUGGAGCUAAAUGAAGGUUUGAAUUGUCUUAUGAUGUUUUUCUUCAGCUGGUAACAACAUUAUAUUCUGCAUAUCCUGAAAUGUCAGUUUUCAACACUUAAUUAAUGAAUUUAAUGUGUUUUAAUCGUAAACAGAGUCUCAAUAAAACAUUUAAAAUGUG